AUGGGGAAAGGAUUCUUCAUCAGUAAGCCCCUGGGGGUGGUGGGCAUUAUCAUGGGCGUGGGGGCCGUGUCCACCAUCAUCGGCCUGGCUGUGGUCUACAGCCAGGAGAAGGCCAAAAACCUGGACACCACACCUUCUACCACCACCACCACCUCCACAGCUGUACCCCCCACCACCGGACCCGGCAACGAGCAGUGGCACAAAUACAGGCUUCCUGACACCCUGAUACCAGAGUAUUACGAGGUGACCUUGCAGCCGUUCCUGACGGAGAACGCUCAGGGUCUCUACAUCUUCACCGGCCAUUCCGAAGUGACCGUCCACUGUGUGAAGGACACCAACCUAAUCAUCAUCCACUCCAACAAGCUGAACCUCACCAAGGACGCCACUACCGGGCAAUUAGCCACACUGAGAGCCAUUGAUGGCUCCACACCGCCUGCCAUCACUAAGUCUUGGCUGGAGGUGCGCACCCAGUUCCUGGUGGCUCAGCUGGAUGGCAACCUGAAGGCAGGCCAGAAAUAUGCACUGCGCACCGUAUUCACAGGCGAGCUGGCUGACGACCUGGGAGGUUUCUACCGUAGUGUGUACACUGAUGAUGGCGUAGAUAAAGUGGUGGCUACAACUCAGAUGCAGCCCACUGAUGCAAGAAAGGCCUUCCCCUGUUUCGAUGAGCCUGCAAUGAAAGCUAACUUCAGCAUCACCCUCAUCCACCCCGGGAAUACCGUGGCCCUGUCUAAUAUGGAGGUGAUCAAUACAAUGGCGAAUGGGGAAUGGAAUACCACCAAAUUUGCCCCCACACCAAAGAUGUCAACCUACCUUCUGGCCUUCAUCGUCAGUGAAUUUGCCUACAUUGAAGCCAUGGAAGGAGACGUUUUGAUCCGUAUCUUUGCACGUAAAAAAGCCAUCGAUGCAGGUCAGGGCCAAUAUGCCCUCAACGUCACUGGACCAAUCCUGAAGUACUUUGAGAAUUAUUACAAAGCUGCUUAUCCACUGGGGAAGUCAGAUCAGAUUGCCCUGCCAGACUUCAAUGCUGGAGCCAUGGAGAACUGGGGCCUGAUCACCUACAGGGAGACUGCCCUGCUGUACGACCCUGCCUUCUCUUCCAACAGCAACAAGGAGAGGAUCGCCACCAUCAUAGGCCAUGAGCUCGCACAUAUGUGGUUCGGGAACCUGGUGACACUGAAAUGGUGGAAUGACCUGUGGCUGAACGAAGGCUUUGCCUCCUACGUGGAGUACCUUGGGGCUGACGACGCAGAGCCAGAGUGGGGUGUGAAAGACCUGAUUGUGCUGGGGGACGUGCACCGGGUGUUUGCAGUGGACGCGCUGGCCUCCUCUCACCCCCUGAGCUCCAAGGAGGAGGACAUCCAGAGGCCCGAGCAGAUCAGUGAGCUCUUCGAUGCCAUCUCCUACAGCAAGGGAGCCUCUGUUCUGAGAAUGCUGUCCAGCUUCCUGACAGAAGAGGUCUUUGUGGAAGGACUCAGUACAUACCUCAAUGAGUUUGCCUAUGGCAAUACAGUCUACACGGAUCUAUGGGACCACCUGCAAACUGCUGUUGAGAAAACAGGUAGCACUGGCAAAUUGCCAGCUGGACAAAGGGUCCAUGACGUGAUGAACCGCUGGGUCCUCCAGAUGGGCUUCCCCGUGGUGAAGAUAGAUUCAUCCACUGGAGCUGUAACCCAGGAUCACUUCCUCUUGGACCCAGACUCUGUCGUUGACAGGCCUUCAGAAUUCGAUUAUGUAUGGUAUGUACCUCUCACAUGGCAGAAAAAUGGCAUGCCGCAGCCUGCUAUUUGGCUGCUUGAAAAAACAGAUACGAAAACUGAACUGAUGGCGACUGUAGACGACUGGAUCGUGGCCAACCUCAAUGUAACAGGAUACUACAGAGUCCAAUAUGAUGAUGCCAACUAUGUCAAGCUUCUUACCAAAUUGGAUACCAAUCAUAAUGAGAUUCCAGUUCUCAACAGAGCCCAGCUUAUUGAUGACGCUUUUAAUCUGGCCAGAGCGAAGCGUGUGCCAACCACCCUGGCCCUGGAUAUGACCAAGUAUCUGAACAAGGAGUACGAUUACAUGCCCUGGGAGUCGGCCCUGGACAAUCUGGACUUCUUCUAUCUGAUGUUUGAUCGCAGCGAGAUCUACGGCCUGCUGCAGGCAUACAUCCAGAAAAAAGUGGUGACCCUCUUCAAACACUAUAAUGACACAACCGAUGGCUAUACCACAGUUCCAGAUGGGCACACUGACCAAUAUAACCAGGUGAAUGCCCUGAGGAUGGCCUGCAGCACAGGAAUUGAGAACUGCACUGAUCUGGUAAAGAACUUGUACAGCCAGUGGAUGGCCAAGCCAGACCCCAACCCGAUCCACCCCAACCUGAGGUCUACAAUGUACUGCAAUGGCAUUGCUGCUGGUGGUGAGAAAGAAUGGAACUUUGCCUGGGACAUGUUCCGGGCCUCCACCAAUGCCCAGGAGUCUGAAAAACUGAGAGCUGCGCUGGCUUGUGCCAAACAGCCAUGGCUCCUGAACAGGUACCUGGAGUACACUUUGAAUGCCACGCUGAUUCGUAAGCAGGACGCUACCUCCACUAUUGUCUACAUUGCCGGUAAUGUGGUGGGCCAGCCCCUGGCCUGGGAUUUCAUGAGAGCAAACUGGGCAUACAUCUUCAAUGAGUAUGGAGGUGGAUCCUUCUCUUUCUCAAAUCUUAUUAAUGGGGUGACAAAGAGGUUUUCAACGGAAUUCGAACUACAACAGCUUGAGCAGUUCAAGAAAGACAAUGCUCACGUGGGCUUUGGAUCUGGCACCCUGGCUGUUGAGCAGUCUAUUGAGAGGACCCAGGCCAACAUUAAAUGGCUCCAGGAAAAUGAAGCCAGUGUGAAGAAAUGGCUAUCAGAAAACUAGAAUAGAACAUCCUCUCUACUUUUAUUUAUUUUUCUGUCAGAAUUCAUUUUUUUAAACAGGGCUUUUUGUCCCUUCUCAGCACCUCUACAGUACAUAUUGGUUAUGGCACAGCAGCCUAAAACUAGGCUGCACAACAUUAAAGACAAUGAACCAACAAUGUAACACACAACAGAACACAUGUAGGAAAGUGAAUUAUGCCUACACCCAUGAGUGUCAAGAGCACUACACUGUCAUGUUUUUAACUUGUAUAUAAUUUUGAUACAAAACUAUGAAUGUCUUGUGUAAAAUAUGAAAUUUGGCAAAGAUGAUUGUUGAAUUAAAUAAAGCUCUUUAUUAUGGACUCUUGAUUUAUAUCCUUUUAUUCUUAUCACCGAUUUGGAGUCUGUCUGUAUGAGUAUGAUGAACUCGUAAGAAAUUGUACCAAUUUUUAAAUCAACUUAUCUUCUCAUUCAUUGAGGAUCCUAUCAUUUCCAGCCUACCAGAUUUAAUCUUAUUACACAUUAUCCAAUUCUAUUUCCAGUGAUAUUGUAAGCCAUUGCCAUAAAAGUGAAUGAAAUAUAUUAAAUACUAAGUUAAUGAA